AGCAAUUUUAUAACAUUUUUAUUUUCUGUCAUUUUUGUUAAAUUUUCUGUUUACUUUAAUUUCUAUUUACGUCUUCUAAUGUUUAGUGUUAGUUUAAGUAAACAACAUAAGAUGUCACACAACCUUUGCUUAUAAAUAUGAGGCCUACAUGGGGUUUUCAUCCAAAUAUUACAUUAGAAGGAGCCAUACAGUUGCUAUUAGAAAAAGGAAAACAUGGCAGUUAUAUUUGUCGAAGAAGUGAGAAAGUUCAAGAUGAAUAUAGACUCUCUGUUCGAAAACAUGGUACUGUUUCGCAUUUUAAAAUUCUAAAAACUGAUCAAGGCUUCUCAUUACAUAAAGCAAAAGAAUUUCGAUCAGUGCCAUAUCUAAUUGAAUAUUAUCGAAACAAUUUUACCGACUUCGUUGAUUCAGCUGGAGAUUGCAUAGAGUUGAUCGAGCCUCUUCCUAGUGAAGAUUUACUCAAACUUGGUCUCCUCAAUGAGCGAUGGUAUGCUGGGUAUAUCUCUAUGAAAGAAACUACAAGCUUGCUCAAGCAGGAAGGAGAAUCAGGCUCAUAUUUUAUUCGUGAGAGUUCAUCAGAACCAGGAUCCUAUGCACUUGCAGUAAGACUUGAUGGGGCCGUCAUAGACUUUAUAAUUAGAUAUAAAGAUGGGAGAUUCCAUAUCCGAGAGGAAUUUGUAUAUUUCACCACAAUCCAAAGUUUGUUGAAGUAUUAUGUUCACAAUGACCUGUUCGAUGUAAAUGGUUGUGUUGUUCCAUUAAAAGAACCUUUGUUUGAUACUAUUGAGAAAAGAAAAACAGAAAAGGAAUUGCAAAAGAUACAAUCUGAGUUUGAGGCUCUACAGGAAGGAGACAGAACAAACACAUAUUCAAGAGAUGAAGGUCUGAUGCCAGAAAACAUAAAAAAGAAUAGAUAUAAAAGUAUUCUUCCAUUUGAUCAUACACGUGUCCUUCUACAAAAUAUUGACCCAAAUACUUCUGGUUCAGAUUAUAUUAAUGCCAGUUACAUAUCUGAUGACAAAAGUGGAUUAGUGUUUAUUGCCACUCAAGGCUGUCUAAAGACCACUUUUAAUGACUUUUGGCAUAUGAUAAAUCAGGAAAAUUCGGGCGUGAUCAUCAUGCUUGUUAAAGAAAUUGAAGCAGAAAAGAUGACUUGGAAAGUGGCUAUGAUGAUUCUGAUUUUUCUGAUGACAGUUCUGAGAAAAUGUGUCAAAUACUGGCCUGAAUUUACUUUGUCUCUUGAUGUUGACGGUCUUGUUGUUAAAAAUGUGAAUGAAACAGUAACACAAGAUUAUAUCAUGCGACAAUUGGAAAUAACCGAGGACAAAGUUUCUUCUACUAAAACGAUACAUCAUUUUCAAUUUAUUGCUUGGCCUGAACAUGGUGUUCCUAGCGACCCUGGCUCCCUACUAGAAUUUAUACAACAAGUAGAGAUUACACGAAGAAGGACCCAUUGUGACGGACCACCAGUUGUACAUUGCAGUGCUGGCAUUGGUCGAACUGGUAUAGUGGUUGUCAUCAGCAUACUGAUGCAUUUGUAUCAAAUGAAAGGGAUGUUAGAGGACGAAGCCAUUUUUCAGACUGUUCGUAAUGUGCGACUUCAAAGGUUAGGAAUGGUUCAAACAAAGGUGCAAUACGGCUUUGUCUACAAAGCAAUGAAACAUUUUAUGCAGACAUCAGCACAAAAAGAUGAUGCAGAAUCAAAGGAAACAAAAAACUAUGAUAACCUCGACAACCAUGUAAGUGAAAUAUGCCGAAACCAACUGUGGUGGACGAGACUGAGAGAUGAAGAAGAGUAGAAAAAGUUGCAAAUCGAAUCGGAAGCAUGGACCUAAAUUUAUUAUCAUACCUUAAAGAAUUUUUAUGCAAGGGUUUUUGUUAAUAUUGUUUUUUUAAUCGCAUAGUCUUUACGAUUGUAAAAAUUUUUUGAUAAAAAAAGAAAUAUUUUUUUAUUUAUGAUGUUACACAUA